AUGGGUCAAAAAGCGAAAGACACACUGGCUGUGCGGCCGCAGAGUCGCGGUAGGCGCUCGCCCAGUCGCUCGCCCAAUCCCAAGAACCGCAAGCCUUUGGCGGCACCAAAGACGUAUGCCUCGGACGGAGUGAAGAACAAUGAUAUCUUCAAACUCCCCAGCUCCGACUAUAAGCUUAUUGUGCUGGUCACUUUGAUCGCUGCAGCUGUUCGUCUAUUCAGAAUCUACCAGCCCACCAGCGUGGUUUUCGAUGAAGUCCAUACAUCAAGGGAAGAUUCUUCAUGGAUGUGCAUCCCCCCGCUGGCUAAACUGCUGCUUACGCUGGCUGGAUGGUUGGCUGGGUUCGAUGGAAACUUUGACUUCAAGGAUAUUGGCAAGGACUACUUGGAGCCUGGUGUGCCUUAUGUGGCUAUGCGCAUGCUUCCAGCUAUUCUCGGUGUCUUGACUGUUCCAUUGAUGUUCCUUACCCUCAAAGUUACUGGAUGCCGCACUUCAACUUCGGUCUUCGGUGCUGGUCUUGUUAUCUUUGACAAUGCUCUGGUCACUCAGUCCCGUCUAAUCCUGCUUGAUUCCCCAUUGAUUUUCUUUACCGCCCUUACAGCUCUGUCUUUCGGCUGCUUCACCAACCAACAAGAGCUGGGACCCGCCCAUGCCUUCCGCGGCCCAUGGUGGUUCUGGCUAGUGUGUACCGGUCUUUCUCUAGGCGCAACACUCAGUGUCAAGUGGGUUGGCCUCUUCACUAUGGCUUGGGUUGGAUCCCUUACGGCUCUCCAGCUGUGGGUAUUGUUGGGUGAUGCUAAAACUGUCACACCGCGCCUGUGGCUCAAACAUUUCUUCUCUCGCGUUUUCUGUUUGAUUGUUAUUCCUUUGGGCUUCUACCUCGCCAUGUUUGCCAUUCACUUUGCAUGUUUGGUUAACCCCGGAGAAGGUGAUGGCUUCAUGUCUUCGGAGUUCCAGGCAACUCUGAACUCAAAGUCUAUGCAAGAUGUUCCCGCAGAUGUCUCCUUCGGAUCCCGAGUUAGCCUCCGCCAUCUGAAUACCCAGGGUGGUUAUUUGCACUCUCACCCUCACAUGUACCCCACUGGUAGCAAGCAGCAGCAAAUUACUCUUUACCCCCACAAGGAUGAGAACAAUCUGUUCCUCUUGGAGAACACGACUCAGCCUCUCGGGCCCUACGGGGAGGUUCAGGGCCCUUUCGCCUGGGAUAACCUGACUGCUCCUGGUUUCAUCGAGGAUGGUUCAAUCAUCAGACUCUACCAUACGAUUACUCACCGUAGAAUCCACUCGCAUGAUGAACGUCCUCCAGUGACCGAGGCUGACUGGCAGUUUGAGGUCUCGGCCUACGGAUAUGAAGGUUUCCCUGGUGAUGCCAACGAUCUGUUCAAGGUUGAGAUUAUCAAGUCCAUGUCCGAGACUCCGGAGUCUCAGAAGCGCCUACGGACUAUUCAAUCUAAGUUCAAGCUGGUGCACGUCAUGACUGGCUGUGUCCUCUUUUCCCACAAGGUCAAGCUUCCUGACUGGGGAUUCGAGCAACAGGAAGUGACCUGCGCAAAGGGUGGUACUCUUCCCAACAGCGUUUGGUAUAUCGAAUCGAACCAACAUCCCGCAAUGGCCCCGGACGCCGAGAAAGUCAACUACCGGAACCCUGGCUUCUUGGGCAGAUUCUGGGAAUUGCAAAAGGUUAUGUGGACCACGAACGCAGGCUUGGUUGAGUCCCACGCCUGGGACUCUCGCCCCUCAUCUUGGCCCACCCUUCUUCGCGGUAUCAACUUCUGGGGUAAGGAUAACCGUCAAAUUUACCUCCUAGGAAACCCCCUUAUCUGGUGGUCAAGCACCCUGGCCAUUGGUAUCUACCUUGUUUUCAAGGCUCUCUCCGUCAUUCGUUGGCAGCGAAGCUGUAACGACUACAGCCACGUUUCCUUCAAGCGCUUUGACUAUGAGGUUGGCACCAGUGUUUUAGGCUGGUUCUUCCAUUACUUCCCGUUCUAUCUUAUGGCCCGUCAGCUUUUCUUGCACCAUUAUCUUCCAGCUCUCUACUUCGCCAUCAUGGUCCUUUGCCAAGAACUUGACUUCCUCACAAACCGCAUUAAGAGCUUGGGGCUUGCGUCGAAGCCUGUGAUUGGUAAGGCUAUGAUGGCGGCUUUCCUAGGUCUCAGCGUUCUGGUUUUCACGCUCUACGCCCCACUUGUGUAUGGCAAUCCAUGGACCAGGGAUGCCUGCAACCAAGUGAAACUACUAGGAUCCUGGGAUUUCGACUGCAGCACCUUCCACAGCGACCUGAGCCAGUAUAUCACUCAAUAUGUUCCCAAUGCGCCUCCCGUAGCUGCCCCUACGACCGCAGCACCACCCCCUCCCCCUCCCCCUCCCCCACCAGUUCAGGCACAGGAGCCUGCCCCUGCGCCCGCAGAUGAGGAUACCCAACCCGCCGACCCGGCGGCUGUCACCGCGCCCAAAAUCCAAGGCUCUAUGGCCCGGGUCGAGUACCGUGACCAGAACGGCAAAGUUCUUGACGAGGAGCUCGUUGCCAAGCUCCGUGCGGAAGGUAAAGUCAAAUUCGAGACCCGCUAUGAGCCCGGUCCCCCUAUGGAGAAUGCCCACGAUGUUCCCGUCGUCGAUGGGCAGCUCGCACCACCACACCCAGAUGUGCAGGGCCAGAAUCCCGAGACGGGCAGUGCGCCCGAGGACUCUGUGCCACCCGAGAGCCCUGCAUCUGUGGCCGAGGGCAACGAGCGCUCCGUUGAGCAGCCAAGUUCCAUGGAGGAAGCAAAGCCUGCCAGUGAGGGUAAUGAGGCCACCCGAUAG